UUUUUGUUCUAUCCUUUUGCUCUGUUUUGUUUGUUCCUGCAGCGCUCUCUCCUUCACUCUGAGGUAGAGCCCUAAGUCAGAGAAGGCCUAAAUUGGUACGGGUAAGAUGGAAAAGCUUCGUGAGGAUGAUGUGACUGAUUGGGACAAGAUGAAACCGGCGGACGACGGGAGCAAAUACGGCAGGGACCUAAGCGAGGAGCCAGGGGAGAGGGGCAACUGGUCGGGCAAACUGGACUUCAUCCUCUCCUGCGUUAGCUAUGCCGUGGGGCUCGGCAACAUCUGGCGCUUUCCGUUUUUGUGUUUUGAAAACGGAGGAGGUGCCUUUCUGCUGCCAUACGUAUUGAUGAUGCUCGUGGUUGGGAUGCCAGUCUUCUUUCUUGAGAUGGCAAUGGGGCAAUUCUCAAGCCUUGGUUGCCUUAGUGUUUGGAAGUGCGCUCCGACAGCCAAAGGUCUUGGAUACGGCAUGCUGAUGAUUGCCGCCGUCAUCGCCUGCUACUACAAUGUCAUCAUCGCCUACACCCUCUUCUACCUCUUUGCCUCCUUCACGAAGGAAGUCCCCUGGAAAACGUGCGACAAUGAGUGGAACACACCGACCUGCAGGGUCACCAAGGCGUGCAAAGACUGCAAUGACUCUUUCAACGACACCUAUGUCGAUAAUAACACCUUCAGCUCCGACGAAAUGUACGACUACGCUUCCUUUAAUGCAUCCACGGUGAAUGUUUCCUGGACGAGACCGAGCGAAGAAUACUUCAACUAUCGAAUGCUUGACGUGUCAGACGGCAUCCAUUACCUCGGUGAAGUCAAAUGGGAACUAACUCUAUGCCUAUUGCUAGCAUGGAUCUUAGUUUUCUUGAGUUUAGCCAAAGGAAUACAAUCAUCCGGAAAGGUGGUGUACGUGACGUCUACUUUCCCAUACUUUGUCCUCAUUGCUUUGUUUAUCCGCGGUAUAACGCUGGAGGGCGCUGUGGAUGGCAUUAUUUUCUACAUGAAGCCGAUUCCAACUAAGCUGCUACUUCCAAAGGUUUGGCAAGACGCGGCAGUUCAGGUACUUUUUUCUCUUGGAUGCUCUUUUGGCACUUUGCACACACUAUCCAGCUAUAACAAGUUUCACCACAACACGCUCAAAGAUGCCGUGAUUGUAUCGUGGCUUGACUGUCUCACGAGUAUUUUCGGCGGGUUUGUGGUCUUUUCUGUGCUGGGUUUCAUGGCGCAGGACACUGGCACCACUGUCGACAAAGUGGUCGACUCAGGUCCGGGUCUUGCCUUUAUCGUCUAUCCGGAAGCCAUUGCACGCAUGCCGCUUGCCCCUCUUUGGUCAAUCUUAUUCUUCACCAUGCUGUUCAUGCUAGGCAUUGGAAGUGAGUUCACGCUGUUCGAAGCGGUCCUCACAGGACUAGUGGACGACCUGGAGAAAAACAUCAAGAAUUUCCGGAAGUAUAAGACCUGGCUAACCUUAGGCCUUUGCAUCGUCAGUUUCCUUAUGGGACUUCCCAUGGUCACCCAGGGUGGCGUUCAUAUCGUAACGUUGCUGAACACGUUUGUUGCAAAUAUCAAUUUCCUCAUCGUGACAACCACCGAGAUGAUAGUCAUCGCACAUAUUUACGGAGUGAACAGGUUUUUGGCUGACAUGCAGGCCAUGCUUGGUUUUAAACUCAGCAUUUACUGGAAGAUAUCGUGGUGGAUUGUGGCUCCAGUUGUGCUGCUGUGUGUAACAAUUGCCUCUAUCGCCUUAUACACGCCAUUGAAAUACGGCGAUGGUAAUCCCUAUCCGGACUGGGCACAAGCCAUCGGCUGGAUUAUCUCACUAUCAACGCUGGUGCCUGCACUGGUUUACCCGAUUUAUUAUAUGCACGGUCUUCAAGGGAAUGUAUUCGAGCGGGUACGACUCUCCAUGAAGCCAACGGCGGACUGGGGCCCCGCACUCGACAAGGACCGGGUGGCGACAGGGUACAGCGCUCUCUCUGGUACUGACACGGAGUGCGAACAAAUGGUCGAGCGUGAAAAUGACACGAAGGACAGUGAGACCAAAAUCUGAAACACAUUCCAUGUGAAUUGUGAUCAGGAGGUUAUCGACGUGAGUACUUUGACACUGAGUUAAGGAUCUGGCUGCUAUGUAAAAGUUAAUAAACUUUGCAAAAGAAAAUGUGUAGUUCGCUGUGUUCUACUCAUAAAUCGCAGCCUUGUGUCUUUAACUUGUAUGACAUCCUAGCUUGUACCACCUUCGGUAUGUCUCUGGUUUUAACUUUUUGUUCAAAAGACUUUAACAUGUUUUGUUGGUUAACUUGUGAACGGCUGGUAUCGUAAAAUUAGGCAAAAAAUGACCAAAUUGUACGCAUGACAAUUUUGAAAUGAUUUCAAGCCGCGUUUGGUAUCACAGAAACUUUACUCUGAUGGCAACGAACACCACGCAGCGCGCGUAUUUUGGAAAGUGACAAUUUUCCAAUAAAUCGAAGAGGAGUGUAAAGUUCGCGUGUGUAUACCACUUGUAUGCUAUCCUGGUGCCACAGCAGUAAUGGCUCUAACUAAAGAAGCCUUACAAAGAUACCACGACUUACAUGACAAACAUAAAAUAUGGGGGAAUCUGCAAUGCCAUCCUCGUCGCUGUACGCACGACUUGUCCAUGUGCAGGUGAAAUUUCUGCUUACUUAAAACAGUGAUGGUUGCUUCUUAUUUAACUUUAAUUCCGACAAUAUUUUUCUAAACAAACCCCCCCAAAAAUGAGGGUCCUCAGCUUCGAAAACCUUAACAAUUGAUUGUUAACGUUAAAGUGGCUAAGUCAGAGAUGCCAACUGCCAACAGGGUUGUCUGUUUAAAAUCACCUUAAUUUAAAUCACCGAUUUAAAUCGCGAUUUAACGCAACUGACUUUUUGAAGAAAAAAAAUCACCGAUUUCAAUAAACAUAUAUAUUUUUAAAAAGACAAAAAGUGACAAUUUUUCAAUAAAUCGAAGAGUAGUGUAAUGUUCGCGUGUGCAUACCACUUGUAUACAUGUACCAGCCUAGUGCCACAGCAGUAAUGGCUCUAUACACAACUAAAGAAGCCUUACAAAGAUACCACGACUUACAUAACAAAAUUGCCCUGUUUUCCCUUGAUAAUACCCUAACUCUUCCCUAUCUGAACUAUUGCAAUUUUAUCUGGGCAUCCUCUACUUACAAUCACCUGCUUCCUCUGAUCACACUCCAGAAGCGAGCCACUAGGAUUUGCACACUUUCACACCCUCGGGACCAUACUGCACCUCUUUUUUCUAGACUCCACACAUUAACUCUGACAUCAACAAAUUACACAUCGGCAUUUUCAUGUAUACGUUCACUAUAACAAACUUCUUCCUUCUACCUUUCAUCCUACUUUUCAGCAUUUCACGAUACUCAUGGGCACAGCACUCAAACAGUCUCUAAACAAUCGCUAUGUUCCUUUCACCCGCACAGCAUACACUUUUAGAACACUUCACGCAUAAUUCCUUCUUGUCAUUGUUAAUAUAAGUACCAAAUUUGUUAUCGUUAUUUUCCAUUAAUUUUAUUUCCGUCAUAAGGUAUUCCCCCGUACGCUAAUUUAGUGCUGUUGUUGUUUGUUUUCUUGCUUUUUGUGUGUCUCUCUGUAAAGUUUGUUUUGUCCAGGUAUUUUCAAUACAAGCGUUCCGACUUCUGAAAAAGCCCCCAAAUUGGGUUUUCCUUUACUUACGUACAUCUUGUCUUUGUUACUCUGUAACUACCUCUCGAUUUAUAUAUUUGUACUGUUAUUGUUUACUCUUCCUGAUCUUCACCAAUAUGGACAUAAACGUCAUAUUGAAUUGAAUUGAAAAUAAAAUAUCGGGGGAGUCUGCAAUGUCAACCUCGUCGCUGUAUGCAAGACUUGUCCAUGUGCAGGUGAAAUUUCUGCUUGCUUAAAACAAUGAUGGUUGCUUAUAAUCAAACUAUUUAACUUUAAUUCCGAACAUAUUAAAAAAAAAAAAGGGUCCUCUGCUUCGAAAAAUUUAACGGUUGAUUGUUAACGUUAAAGUGGCUAAGUCAGAGAUUAACUGCCAAAAAGAAAUAUUGUGAAUAUACUGAGUUUGGGUUUAUGAUCUUCACUAAUGUAUGAGAAGUUUAAAUAUCAGUUUCACUUGUACCCAUGUUUGGUGCGAUAUUUUGAUCUCACCGCACUAUAUUUGUCGAUAACUCCGCCAUCAGCCAACAUCAACAUUUCCAAAUCUCCAAUAAAAGGUGAGACGUUAAAUGUGUGCGGUAAAGGUGGGCAAGCGUAUUGCUCUCUUCGGAAACCUAGUUUAAUACUCCAGAAUCCAGUUCAAAAUUUCUCUUCGACAACUUUAAUAGAAUUUUAAUUAUUAAACAUUGAGUGUAAAUUUUCAGAUUGCUCGUUGUAACAGUUACUUAAAAAGGAAACAACGAAAACGGAAAAGAAUUGGAAGUGAAAUUUUUCCAAAUGUAGCGCCAUCCACAGAGCUUUCUAUGGCCUAAAGAGAUUAUAUGUGUCUGUUCGCGAGAGUAACAAACCAUGAAAUGCAUGGUUAGAGUGGUUUUUUUAAAAGAAGUAAACCUGUUAAUUUAAAUUAACCUGUUUGGACUUUGUGACUUUGUUCCAGCCCUUCUGAAAAUGGGUCCAAAGUUUAAAAAUACAUUUGGCCGAUUUAUAUAACUGUUUUCUCUUCCACAAUUGGAGAGAUAUAAAUUUGGAUAUCUAAUUAGUUCUUUGCCCAAGAGUCCUGCAUUUAUUGUUGUUAUACCCUAACAUGGCACAUGGCGCCAACAGUGGCGGACUGUGAUUUGGGGACUUCUUGUACCUUGCUAUGGAGCAAUGGUUUUUACAUAGAAUUUCUCAAUAAGAGAAAUUUCAACUUGCAGGAUUCGCUACAGCUGCAAGUUGCCAGCGUGCAUUGUCGCCAAAUGUCAAAUUUAGAUUAACAAACCAUGGCUUCGGUCGUGCUUAGGCCCUAACUGGCGUUGAUAAAUGUACAUGGCUAUGAAGGUAUGCAUUUAGACGGCAAAAUGCACUUGCCUACUUGUCUGAGUUACUCCCCGAGAUUAGUGAACAGGAAUCUAGCGCGCAAACCAAAUAUCCAUAUUACGAUCCCAAGUUCAUUCAGGUUAUUGCCUUACAGAUGUUUGCCCCUCCAGUCGAAUAGUAACAUAAGCAACAGCCUGGGUACCUGGGAUCCACACUUAAAUUUGCUAGACACUGGUGUCAGGCAUCUCAUUUGUUCGGGUAAGCCUAGGGGCCUACCAUGAGCAGAAUCAUAAUGCAUGUACAUAGGCCGACUACGCGUCACUUAAACCUGGUUGUAACUGUAAUUAGAAUUUGAAACAACUCACCUUUAAUUUUGCCUUCUAAGCAAACUGUUCAGCGGGCCAACUUGUUUCAUGAUGUUUAGAACUAGCUUUUUAUAAAAUAGCGUCUUUCUGCACCGUUGAAUUGGGUCUAUCUUGGCAGACGUCAACACACGAACACAGUGAAUUUAUUAAUUAAAGCAGAUCUCUCUCGUACAUGAUGUAGGCUCGGCGGUCACUAGCCACACGGGUCCGACAUAAACGACAUAGUCUCGCUUUCAAUUCAUCUUGACCCUCCUCAGUUUGCUACCAGCUGUUUUUGUCAAUCUAUUUACUAUCAACUUUCCGACAAAUACAUGAAUAUGUCGGUGGUUCAGUGCAAUGAAAGGAAAAACGCUGGGUUGAGAGAAGAUCGUCGUGGACACGUCUCUUUCGAGGAUGGCGCCAUUUUGUUUUUCAACCUUAACCUCAAUCUCAACUUUCAACCUCGUUCAAGAAAUCGGCAUGAAGAUUAUUUUUCGUGCCGAGACAUUCAUUACAAAUAAAGAUAGUAUUGUUUGCUCUAAGUAAUUGUUUCAUGCGAAUCUUGCAUUGUAGGUUCUUUUUUCUCUCGUGAAAAUUUUGAUCAAUGUUUUCUUUUUAUUCUAAACUGUAAUGAGGCAUAGUCCUAGGCCUCUAUGAUGAAAUCCUUCCAAGUCAGAGGGAAACUGUCGGCCUAUACGUUUCUUUGGAAACUCGUAGGCUUAUUUGCCAGAGAAUUCCAAGGUGAAAUUAAAAUCUUGCGCGAAUGAGCGGGAAGUCCAGCAUUUGUUGACAGACUACAUAUUGGUGAACAUGCAGAACAAACGGAAAUUUUAAUUAAUUCCCCAAUUUCCCCCCUCUUCCCCUUCCACGCACGCUCCCGCGGGAACCAGUAACCUUUUCUAAGCCUUAGAUUUGAUAAGAUGGAAGCAAAAUAAAAUAAGAGCCGAACAUACCAAUAGUCAGAAAUGUCCCAAAUUAAAGUGAAACGAUUAUUUAUUGAACAACCCUUACAACUGCCAACUGAUCAGUGAAAAGGACAGCAAAAUCAAUCCAAUUUUUAUGAAAUCAAUUUAUGUCAGGACUGCAUUUUGCGGACAAAGAUUUUAGAAGCAUUACAAAUAUCCGAAUAAAGGAGUCGUGCAAGUUAUUUUUACAUUAAUGGCGGAAAAUAGAUAAAGAUAGAUUUAUACAUUUCAUGAUGUAAUUGCUUUUUUAUUGGUGAAAAGAUAAUCAGCACCAAGAGAUCUUUUUCAGUGUAGAAAUUUUAAUGUAUGUACUUGCUAACGUUUGUUUAGAUUAAAAUUUUAAUCUGCGUUGCUCUAAAUCUACUGAACUUUAAAGAAAGCGGAAGCAAAAGUAACAUGAUCAUUCCUACAUCUAUUAUACAACCAAAGAGACAGGAAAAUGUAUCUAUGCAAUUUCAGAAAAAAA